AGCUUUUCAUUCCUUGAAGCUGAGAGAAGAGACACAGCGAGGCAGUGAGUCGGCGAUAUUCGUCUCAACACCAAAACUACCAGCGGACAGCUGCAGCAGGUGGAACUGGAAUACCGAAUACUUACACAGAUUUCACACAGAGAACUGGGCGAGGCACGACUGAAGAGAAGUGAAAGUAACUUUCUAGUCCGACUCACCCUCCCGUUCCGCUUGCCGUGUUUACAGCUUCACUCGAGAGACACAAUGUCGGACGAGGAUCUCUGCUGUCCCGUCUGCUGUGAUAUCUUCAAAAAUCCCGUGGUUCUGUCGUGCAGCCACAGCUUCUGUAAAGACUGUCUGAGCAACUGGUGGAGAGAGAAACCGACGCGAGAGUGUCCGGUUUGUAAGAGUAGGUCGUCAAAGAGUGAUCCGCCUUGUAACCUGGCCUUGAAGAACCUGUGUGAGGCCUUUUCAAAGGAGAGAGACCAGAGAGCUCCGGAGACUCUCUGCCGGCUGCACUCUGAGAGACUCAAACUCUUCUGCCUGGACCAUCAGGAGCUGGUGUGCGUCGUCUGCAGAGAUUCAAGGAGACACGCCGACCACAGGUUCAAACCCAUCGACGAAGCUGCACAAGAUAUCAAAGAGGAGCUCCAGAACUCCCUGAAGCCCUUAAAGGAGAAACUGAAGCUGUUUGAAGAAGUCAAAGGAAACUGUGAUCAAACGGCAGAGCACAUGAAGGUCCAGGCCCGACGAGCAGAGAGACAGAUCAAGGAGCAGAUUAAAAAGCUUCACCGGUUUCUAGAGGAGGAAGAGGAGGCUAGGAUCUCUGCUCUGAGGGAGGAAGAGGAGCAGAAGAGUGGGGUGAUGAAGGAGAAGAUGGAGGCUCUGAGCAGAGAGAUAGCAGCUCUUUCAGACACAGUCAGAGCCACAGAGGACGAGCUGAGAGCUGAAGACAUCUCGUUCCUCAACAACUACAAGGCUGUUGUGGAAAGAGUCCAGCAGCGCCCCCUGCUGGAGGAUCCACAGCUGCUCUCAGGAGCUCUGAUAGACGAAGCCAAACACCUGGGCAACCUGACCUUCAACAUCUGGAGCAAGAUGAAGGACCUGGUCUCCUACAUGCCUCUGGUUCUGGACCCAAACACGGCCGACUCAGAACUAGUGGUGUCCACAGAUCUGACCAGUGUGAGAUCUGGAAAAGGACAACGGCUUCCAAAAAACGUGGAGAGGACCAAAUUCCCCUGCUCCGUCCUGGGCUCCGAAGGCUUCGACUCGGGGACUCACACCUGGGACCUGGAGGUCGGAAACAACCCGGACUGGGAACUGGGCGUGUUGGGAGAAAACGUCCAGGUGAACGCAUUGUGGAGAAUUUUGUUCUCCGACGGCAAGUUCACGGCGUUCUCCACGCCGGAUCAAGAGGAAGAUCUGCCGGUGAUGAAGGAGCUCCGGAGGGUCAGAGUUCAUCUGGACUUUCUCAGAGGAAUACUGUCGUUCUCUGAUCUUGACACUAAAGCACACAUACACACCUUCACACACGGCUUCAAGGACACCGUGUUUCCCUAUAUUUACACUGAGAACCCCCUCCCGCUGAAGAUCUUACCAGUGAAGGUCACCGUGAAGGUGAAACGGUUCAUCUUUAAUCAACGCGUUUGAUGGCAUGAGGCAACGCUGGGUUUACAGGAUUAUUGCGGCAAUGUAAUGAAGCGCCGUGAUUUAAUUUGAACAAGUUAUUUCGUGUGAUGGGAUGCAUUUUGGAAACAUUGUGCUAUGACUUUGGGUACUGUUGUAGGCAAAUGUGAUUUUCUUUUCGCAAAAAUAAUAACAAAUCUUUUGUUUGGCACACCGUGACAGUGAGUUACUGCAGUUAGAUGGAGAGAUUAUUUAGAUUUUGACAUUCUGAACUCAUAAUAAUUACAAUAAUGAUGAGGCGUGCCACACGUUACACAUGUGACUGGUCUCAGGAGUCAAAAGUAUUAAUACUUACAUGAACAAUGCACGUGGGAAAUGUAUAAGGGAAUGGAAAUUUGAAUUAUAUAUUCAUGAAACCUGUUAAAAUCAUUUAACUCUGGACGCUGGAUAUCGUUUACGUUUUCUUCGAACGCGGGUGGCGUUAGUUAAAAAUGUGUUCUGCCAUGUUAACAGCACGACAUUAAAGGAAAAUAAAAUAUCUCGUGAAUUACAGUA